AUGGCUCAGAACUCGGCGUCUCUGUCGGCCGGCGAUCAAGCCAACAGGGUGGCCUAUCGGUCCUCUCAAGGAGAUCUCAACCAACGUACCAUGGCUUGGGCGAUGGUCUCCGGAGACAGCUUCCUGGUGACCAGUCUUGAACCGAAUCAGGCAGGACCUCGCCCGCCAGCGCGACCCAGCGUUCGGACCGACAGACGUCGAAUGCCCGUCGGUGGCCGCAGCCGAAGCCGCCAAGGCAGAUUCUCGCCUUACCCGAUCCCUGGCGUCAAGCUCGACCUCUUAAGAAGUGUGCUGCAACAGCGUCUGGUUGCCAUGGGAACUGCCCUGGCAGCCCGCAUCUCGGCGUAGAACGAAUGCCUCCUCUCCCUUAGCUUGCAAACAAGGCCUCUCUGAAAUCA